ACAGCGGAUACUUCAUACUCCACACAGUCGGGCAGGCAGCAGUGAGACAGCAGGAUGUGUGUGUUCAGGUGUGUGUGUGUGCUGCUGUGUGUGACUCUGGGUGUGAGUCUGAACCUGCUGGAUGAAGUCAUGUUCAGAGGACCGACAGGAAGUCUGUUUGGAUUCUCCGUUGACUUUCACACCAUCAAUAACAAGUCCUUUGUUGUCAUUGGAGCUCCCAAAGCCAACACCAGCCAAUCAGGAGUGACUGAGGCAGGGGGUGUGUUCCUCUGCCCCUGGUCAUCCAGAGGCAGGGACUGUGACAUAAUUGACUUUGAUCUGACAGGUGAUGAGGUCCACCGCAGUUCAGGUCUGUUGUUUCUCAGCUUAAAGAGCCAGCAGUGGUUCGGCGCAGCGGUGCGAUCAGUCGGCAGCACACAUCUGCUAGCAUGUGCGCCGCUCUUCCACUGGAAUGUUCAGAGGGGAGGGGUGGAGUCAGGGAUAACACCUGUGGGGAACUGCCUCAUAUUGGAACACAAGACAGGAAACUCCACCCCCUUCUCCCCCUGCAGAGGGCUCAUGAUGGAGGAAGACUACAAACGCAUGCACAACAGAAAUGACCAGCGAUAUUGUGAGGUUGGCUUCACCGCUGAUGUCACCAAGGACGGUCGGCUAGUGCUCGGAGCUCCCGGAAGCUUCUUCUUUCAGGGUCAGGUGAUCACUGUUGGUGUUGAUGACAUCAUCAACAGUGGGAAGAGUGAUGAUCCUAUAAAAUAUGUGGCGGGCAUAAGCCAAUCAGAUGAGAGGGGAGGCUAUGAUGUUUACCACGGUUACUCAGUGGCCAGUGGCCUGCUGACUGGAGACUCCACACCAGAUUAUCUGGUCGGUGUUCCAAAUGACAGAAACACAGCAGGAACAGUGAAGAUCUAUGAUGGAAGAAGCACUGGAUCUCUCAGAGUUCACCACACCUUUCUGGGAGCUCAGGUGGCGUCAUAUUUUGGACACAGUGUAGCUGUGGCCGACGUCAACAGUGACGGUCUGGAUGAUGUGCUGAUUGGAGCUCCGCUCUUCAUGGACAGAGUGAAGGAGCAGCUACAGGAGAGAGGACAGGUGGUUUUGUACCUGCAGAAGAAGACUUUUUCCUCUCAGCCAGACCAAUCACUGAUUGGCCUUUCCUUGUACGGGCGUUUUGGCUCUGCCCUCGCUGCACUGGGUGACCUGGAUAUGGAUGGUUAUCAAGAUGUGGCUGUUGGUGCCCCCUGGUCAGGGGAAAGUGGGCAGGGCCAGGUGUUCAUCUACCUGGGAAACAGUAAUGGACUGUCAGGCACACCCUCCCAGGUGAUUAACAGCCCACUGCCUAGCAGGACAGCGUUUGGCUUUACUCUGAGGUCCGGUGCAGACAUUGAUGGGAAUGGAUACCCGGACCUGCUGGUUGGAGCGUGGGCUGCGGAUCGAGCAUUUGUCUACAGGUCUUGGACAGUGAUCCGGUCCAGAGUCUAUGUGUCUCUGCUGCCAGACUUCCUUAAUCCAGAUGUCAAACUCUGCCAUCGAGAAAAGCAAUCUGUUUCCUGUUUCGUCAUUCAGAUGUGUGUCCACCUAUCAGGUCACAGAAUUCCAGAGGAAACAGCUCUGGAGGUGGAACUAAAGCUGGAUAGGAUGAAGCAGCCAAUGGCCCGACGGACCCUGCUGCUCUUGGCCAAUCAGCCACAAGAGACGAUGGAGAUAACAAUUAAAAGGAAAGUGGGUGUGGCCUGUGUGAAUCGCACAGCAUACCUGAGAUCUGAAGAAGAAGUUCGGGAUAAGUUGAGUCCAAUCUUCAUCACUGCUCACAUCAGCCUCCUCAACACCACCCAGCGUGCUCUCUUACAUGGACAAACACACACUGCAACACAGACCAGGAUCAUCCUGGACUGCGGGGCCGAUCACGUCUGUGUUCCUGAGCUGAAGCUGAGCGCUGAACCUGCAUCGGACACUGUGUUUGUUGGUGGCGAUCAGUCAGUGUUGCUGUUGGUGUCGGCCAUGAACAGCGGUGAGGGAGCAUACGAGACCGAGCUCGUGGUCCAAAUCCCUGAACACACACACUUCCAGAGCAGUCAGGGCGUAAACGGGCUGGUGUGUAUGCAGAGGAAGGAGAACCAGACUGUGGUUGUUACCUGCGACCUCGGGAACCCCAUGAGGCAAGGACACAAGCUGCAGACUGGUCUCCUGUUCAGCGUCGGUUACCUGGAGGAGGUGGAGAGUCACAUCACCUUUAACCUCAGAAUACGCAGGUACGCACAGUUUCUGCUGGUUCACUGUAGGCACGUUUGGUCAUUAUGUCACCAUCCGCCCGUUCGUCUAUGUCCCAGUAAGAACUCUGUGAACUCGAGCAGUAACGAGGUGACAGUGGAGGUUCAGGUGGAGGCCGAGGCGACGCUGCAGAUUAGAGGAGGCUCUUCCCCUCAAGACAUUGUCCUGCCCCUCCCUGAUUGGCAGCCUGCAGUGCACCCUGGGAGUUUAGAGGAAGUGGGUCCACUGGUGGAACAUGUCUACGAGGUGAGGAAUCAGGGCCCAAGUGCGGUCAAUGCUCGGCUGACGGUGGAAUUCCCCUCCACCUGGCGACAUCACUUCCUGCUCUAUAUCUUCUCCAACGCAUCUGAAGAAUCUUUGAGCUGCUGGACCCUGAACACAUCACAAAUUGACCCUUUCAAGCUGGCUGGAAACUCCUCGGGUGUGUCUGCAGUUUCUCCAUCAGUCCAGCAGGAGGAGCCAAACUCACACAGACAGACUGUUCAUGUGAACUGCAGCAGUGGUAAGGCAGGCUGCGUCAGGUUUGUGUGUGAUGUCACAGACUUGGGGCGGGGCUUCAGUGCAGUUAUACGAAUCUCAGCCCGACUGUGGACAAAUACACUUAUAGAGACUCAUCAGAACUAUGAGCUCGUUUCCUUUGCAACUUAUGAUGUCAUCAGCACAUCAUCAAAGGUCCAACCGCUACUGCUGGACAGUGGACACACACAGACUCAGCUCAGAGUAUUGUGGCGUCCUGAUGAGAAAACUGUUCCCAUUGGCUACAUCAUUCUGUCAGUCAUCUGUGGGCUCCUCCUCCUCUGCAUUCUCUGUUUCAUCUUCUGGAAGAGCUCUGACCCUUGUAUGGCUUUAAUCUGUGUGCCGGGAGCUUCACGGGUGAGCAGCUCCUGCAGAUGUGAGGUGAAGGUGUCCCAAGUUACACCUGUCCAUACCGUGUACCUGAGCAAGAACAAGUUCUGCAAUAGCGGCUUGUCAGACGUGUCUCCUUAUGGUUCCAUGUGGCCAAAUGGUUAAAGGUGACCCGAACAAGAUCAGCACGUGAAUGUGACCAAAAAUACCUGAGAUGAGGCGCUGUACAGUGAGACAGAGUGUGGUGGUCAGAGCGGACCAGGGACACGGACUGAGGUCUGAGGUCGGCUGGAGAACCCAAACAUCAUGGCAGCACCAUGAGAGGGAGCCCAGGACAGGCUGGAGGCAGAACAUUACAGCCUAACGCCCCUCACAUCAACGUCACCGUUACAUAACACACGUCUCACCAUGAAGAAAGAACGAGAUCACAAUAACAGCUGACGACAAUGAUCAGGAAGUAGAUCAAAUCACCUGCAACGAGCGGCGAGUUUAUUAACACAAAUAAACAAAAGUAGGAAAGUCUGAUAGGCUGGCUGCAGCCAUGUAACACAACCUGAUUACAGACCCACAACAGGUCCUCUGAAGGCCUCAAAGCACAGUUUCACAGGUUUCACAUCACAGCACCACAAGCUGCUUUUUGGCACCUUGUUUUAAGGUGAGAAGUGUUCCCUACAAAGCGCCCCCUGCUGAACUCCGACUGAACUGCAGCCAAUCUUUGUAGUGUAGAGUUAACAGGAAGUGGAACAAUUUAGAGCAGUGGUUCUCAAAGUGGGGGGUGCAGGGCCAUUGGAGCGGGGGGCGCGGUA